AUGGAGCUGUGGUGGUUGUUUGGAAUGUGGGGCAUGGCUGCUGCAUUUGUAUGGCUGGCAAUCGAGGAGGAGAAGUCGAGGAGGAGAAGUCGAGGAGGAGAAGUCGAGGAGGAGAAGUCGAGGAGGAGAAGUCGAGGAGGAGAAGUCGAGGAGGAGAAGUCGAGGAGGAGAAGUCGAGGAGGAGAAGUCGAGGAGGAGAAGGCGAGGAGGAGAAGGCAGGGAGGAGAAGGCAGGGAGGAGAAGGCAGGGAGGAGAAGGCAGGGAGGAGACGGCAGGGAGGAGACGGCAGGGAGGAGACGGCAGGGAGGAGACGGCAGGGAGGAGACGGCAGGGAGGAGACGGCAGGGAGGAGACGGCAGGGAGGAGACGGCAGGGAGGAGACGGCAGGGAGGAGACGGCAGGGAGGAGACGGCAGGGAGGAGACGGCAGGGAGGAGACGGCAGGGAGGAGACGGCAGGGAGGAGACGGCAGGGAGGAGACGGCAAGGAGGAGACGGCAAGGAGGAGACGGCAAGGAGGAGACGGCAAGGAGGAGACGGCAAGGAGGAGACGGCAAGGAGGAGACGGCAAGGAGGAGACGGCAAGGAGGAGACGGCAAGGAGGAGACGGCAAGGAGGAGACGGCAAGGAGGAGACGGCAAGGAGGAGACGGCAAGGAGGAGACGGCAAGGAGGAGACGGCAAGGAGGAGACGGCAAGGAGGAGACGGCAAGGAGGAGACGGCAAGGAGGAGACGGCAAGGAGGAGACGGCAAGGAGGAGACGGCAAGGAGGAGACGGCAAGGAGGAGACGGCAAGGAGGAGACGGCAAGGAGGAGACGGCAAGGAGGAGACGGCAAGGAGGAGACGGCAAGGAGGAGACGGCAAGGAGGAGACGGCAAGGAGGAGACGGCAAGGAGGAGACGGCAAGGAGGAGACGGCAAGGAGGAGACGGCAAGGAGGAGACGGCAAGGAGGAGACGGCAAGGAGGAGACGGCAAGGAGGAGACGGCAAGGAGGAGACGGCAAGGAGGAGACGGCAAGGAGGAGACGGCAAGGAGGAGACGGCAAGGAGGAGACGGCAAGGAGGAGACGGCAAGGAGGAGACGGCAAGGAGGAGACGGCAAGGAGGAGACGGCAAGGAGGAGACGGCAAGGAGGAGACGGCAAGGAGGAGACGGCAAGGAGGAGACGGCAAGGAGGAGACGGCAAGGAGGAGACGGCAAGGAGGAGACGGCAAGGAGGAGACGGCAAGGAGGAGACGGCAAGGAGGAGACGGCAAGGAGGAGACGGCAAGGAGGAGACGGCAAGGAGGAGACGGCAAGGAGGAGACGGCAAGGAGGAGACGGCAAGGAGGAGACGGCAAGGAGGAGACGGCAAGGAGGAGACGGCAAGGAGGAGACGGCAAGGAGGAGACGGCAAGGAGGAGACGGCAAGGAGGAGACGGCAAGGAGGAGACGGCAAGGAGGAGACGGCAAGGAGGAGACGGCAAGGAGGAGACGGCAAGGAGGAGACGGCAAGGAGGAGACGGCAAGGAGGAGACGGCAAGGAGGAGACGGCAAGGAGGAGACGGCAAGGAGGAGACGGCAAGGAGGAGACGGCAAGGAGGAGACGGCAAGGAGGAGACGGCAAGGAGGAGACGGCAAGGAGGAGACGGCAAGGAGGAGACGGCAAGGAGGAGACGGCAAGGAGGAGACGGCAAGGAGGAGACGGCAAGGAGGAGACGGCAAGGAGGAGACGGCAAGGAGGAGACGGCAAGGAGGAGACGGCAAGGAGGAGACGGCAAGGAGGAGACGGCAAGGAGGAGACGGCAAGGAGGAGACGGCAAGGAGGAGACGGCAAGGAGGAGACGGCAAGGAGGAGACGGCAAGGAGGAGACGGCAAGGAGGAGACGGCAAGGAGGAGACGGCAAGGAGGAGACGGCAAGGAGGAGACGGCAAGGAGGAGACGGCAAGGAGGAGACGGCAAGGAGGAGACGGCAAGGAGGAGACGGCAAGGAGGAGACGGCAAGGAGGAGACGGCAAGGAGGAGACGGCAAGGAGGAGACGGCAAGGAGGAGACGGCAAGGAGGAGACGGCAAGGAGGAGACGGCAAGGAGGAGACGGCAAGGAGGAGACGGCAAGGAGGAGACGGCAAGGAGGAGACGGCAAGGAGGAGACGGCAAGGAGGAGACGGCAAGGAGGAGACGGCAAGGAGGAGACGGCAAGGAGGAGACGGCAAGGAGGAGACGGCAAGGAGGAGACGGCAAGGAGGAGACGGCAAGGAGGAGACGGCAAGGAGGAGACGGCAAGGAGGAGACGGCAAGGAGGAGACGGCAAGGAGGAGACGGCAAGGAGGAGACGGCAAGGAGGAGACGGCAGGGAGGAGACGGCAGGGAGGAGACGGCAGGGAGGAGACGGCAGGGAGGAGACGGCAGGGAGGAGACGGCAGGGAGGAGACGGCAGGGAGGAGACGGCAGGGAGGAGACGGCAGGGAGGAGACGGCAGGGAGGAGACGGCAGGGAGGAGACGGCAGGGAGGAGACGGCAGGGAGGAGACGGCAGGGAGGAGACGGCAGGGAGGAGACGGCAGGGAGGAGACGGCAGGGAGGAGACGGCAGGGAGGAGACGGCAGGGAGGAGACGGCAGGGAGGAGACGGCAGGGAGGAGACGGCAGGGAGGAGACGGCAGGGAGGAGACGGCAGGGAGGAGACGGCAGGGAGGAGACGGCAGGGAGGAGACGGCAGGGAGGAGACGGCAGGGAGGAGACGGCAGGGAGGAGACGGCAGGGAGGAGACGGCAGGGAGGAGACGGCAGGGAGGAGACGGCAGGGAGGAGACGGCAGGGAGGAGACGGCAGGGAGGAGACGGCAGGGAGGAGACGGCAGGGAGGAGACGGCAGGGAGGAGACGGCAGGGAGGAGACGGCAGGGAGGAGACGGCAGGGAGGAGACGGCAGGGAGGAGACGGCAGGGAGGAGACGGCAGGGAGGAGACGGCAGGGAGGAGACGGCAGGGAGGAGACGGCAGGGAGGAGACGGCAGGGAGGAGACGGCAGGGAGGAGACGGCAGGGAGGAGACGGCAGGGAGGAGACGGCAGGGAGGAGACGGCAGGGAGGAGACGGCAGGGAGGAGACGGCAAGGAGGAGACGGCAAGGAGGAGACGGCAAGGAGGAGACGGCAAGGAGGAGACGGCAAGGAGGAGACGGCAAGGAGGAGACGGCAAGGAGGAGACGGCAAGGAGGAGACGGCAAGGAGGAGACGGCAAGGAGGAGACGGCAAGGAGGAGACGGCAAGGAGGAGACGGCAAGGAGGAGACGGCAAGGAGGAGACGGCAAGGAGGAGACGGCAAGGAGGAGACGGCAAGGAGGAGACGGCAAGGAGGAGACGGCAAGGAGGAGACGGCAAGGAGGAGACGGCAAGGAGGAGACGGCAAGGAGGAGACGGCAAGGAGGAGACGGCAAGGAGGAGACGGCAAGGAGGAGACGGCAAGGAGGAGACGGCAAGGAGGAGACGGCAAGGAGGAGACGGCAAGGAGGAGACGGCAAGGAGGAGACGGCAAGGAGGAGACGGCAAGGAGGAGACGGCAAGGAGGAGACGGCAAGGAGGAGACGGCAGGGAGGAGACGGCAGGGAGGAGACGGCAGGGAGGAGACGGCAGGGAGGAGACGGCAGGGAGGAGACGGCAGGGAGGAGACGGCAGGGAGGAGACGGCAGGGAGGAGACGGCAGGGAGGAGACGGCAGGGAGGAGACGGCAGGGAGGAGACGGCAGGGAGGAGACGGCAGGGAGGAGACGGCAGGGAGGAGACGGCAGGGAGGAGACGGCAGGGAGGAGACGGCAGGGAGGAGACGGCAGGGAGGAGACGGCAGGGAGGAGACGGCAGGGAGGAGACGGCAGGGAGGAGACGGCAGGGAGGAGACGGCAGGGAGGAGACGGCAGGGAGGAGACGGCAGGGAGGAGACGGCAGGGAGGAGACGGCAGGGAGGAGACGGCAGGGAGGAGACGGCAGGGAGGAGACGGCAGGGAGGAGACGGCAGGGAGGAGACGGCAGGGAGGAGACGGCAGGGAGGAGACGGCAGGGAGGAGACGGCAGGGAGGAGACGGCAGGGAGGAGACGGCAGGGAGGAGACGGCAGGGAGGAGACGGCAGGGAGGAGACGGCAGGGAGGAGACGGCAGGGAGGAGACGGCAAGGAGGAGACGGCAAGGAGGAGACGGCAAGGAGGAGACGGCAAGGAGGAGACGGCAAGGAGGAGACGGCAAGGAGGAGACGGCAAGGAGGAGACGGCAAGGAGGAGACGGCAAGGAGGAGACGGCAAGGAGGAGACGGCAAGGAGGAGACGGCAAGGAGGAGACGGCAAGGAGGAGACGGCAAGGAGGAGACGGCAAGGAGGAGACGGCAAGGAGGAGACGGCAAGGAGGAGACGGCAAGGAGGAGACGGCAAGGAGGAGAAGGCAAGGAGGAGAAGGCAAGGAGGAGAAGGCAAGGAGGAGAAGGCAAGGAGGAGAAGGCAAGGAGGAGAAGGCAAGGAGGAGAAGGCAAGGAGGAGAAGGCAAGGAGGAGAAGGCAAGGAGGAGAAGGCAAGGAGGAGAAGGCAAGGAGGAGAAGGCAAGGAGGAGAAGGCAAGGAGGAGAAGGCAAGGAGGAGAAGGCAAGGAGGAGAAGGCAAGGAGGAGAAGGCAAGGAGGAGAAGGCAAGGAGGAGAAGGCAAGGAGGAGAAGGCAAGGAGGAGAAGGCAAGGAGGAGAAGGCAAGGAGGAGAAGGCAAGGAGGAGAAGGCAAGGAGGAGAAGGCAAGGAGGAGAAGGCAAGGAGGAGAAGGCAAGGAGGAGAAGGCAAGGAGGAGAAGGCAAGGAGGAGAAGGCAAGGAGGAGAAGGCAAGGAGGAGAAGGCAAGGAGGAGAAGGCAAGGAGGAGAAGGCAAGGAGGAGAAGGCAAGGAGGAGAAGGCAAGGAGGAGAAGGCAAGGAGGAGAAGGCAAGGAGGAGAAGGCAAGGAGGAGAAGGCAAGGAGGAGAAGGCAAGGAGGAGAAGGCAAGGAGGAGAAGGCAAGGAGGAGAAGGCAAGGAGGAGAAGGCAAGGAGGAGAAGGCAAGGAGGAGAAGGCAAGGAGGAGAAGGCAAGGAGGAGAAGGCAAGGAGGAGAAGGCAAGGAGGAGAAGGCAAGGAGGAGAAGGCAAGGAGGAGAAGGCAAGGAGGAGAAGGCAAGGAGGAGAAGGCAAGGAGGAGAAGGCAAGGAGGAGAAGGCAAGGAGGAGAAGGCAAGGAGGAGAAGGCAAGGAGGAGAAGGCAAGGAGGAGAAGGCAAGGAGGAGAAGGCAAGGAGGAGAAGGCAAGGAGGAGAAGGCAAGGAGGAGAAGGCAAGGAGGAGAAGGCAAGGAGGAGAAGGCAAGGAGGAGAAGGCAAGGAGGAGAAGGCAAGGAGGAGAAGGCAAGGAGGAGAAGGCAAGGAGGAGAAGGCAAGGAGGAGAAGGCAAGGAGGAGAAGGCAAGGAGGAGAAGGCAAGGAGGAGAAGGCAAGGAGGAGAAGGCAAGGAGGAGAAGGCAAGGAGGAGAAGGCAAGGAGGAGAAGGCAAGGAGGAGAAGGCAAGGAGGAGAAGGCAAGGAGGAGAAGGCAAGGAGGAGAAGGCAAGGAGGAGAAGGCAAGGAGGAGAAGGCAAGGAGGAGAAGGCAAGGAGGAGAAGGCAAGGAGGAGAAGGCAAGGAGGAGAAGGCAAGGAGGAGAAGGCAAGGAGGAGAAGGCAAGGAGGAGAAGGCAAGGAGGAGAAGGCAAGGAGGAGAAGGCAAGGAGGAGAAGGCAAGGAGGAGAAGGCAAGGAGGAGAAGGCAAGGAGGAGAAGGCAAGGAGGAGAAGGCAAGGAGGAGAAGGCAAGGAGGAGAAGGCAAGGAGGAGAAGGCAAGGAGGAGAAGGCAAGGAGAAGGCAAGGAGAAGGCAAGGGAAAGAGUAAGGAAGACAGUGAGUGGCGUAGCGCCGCAGCUGGCCGCGACGUCGCCGCCGCUGCAGAUGCCGGUCGUCUGCACAGCCUUGUGGAAUGGAGGUCGUCCGGCGCCCGUGGGCGAGAGUGUUGCGUGGGACAGAGUGAGGUUUAGUUAG